UGGACCCUGAGAAGUUUUGCUUCUUCUCGUACCUGCGUCCAUUAUCAAGUUAGUUCCCCUGCCCCCCAACUGAUUCACAUUUAUUGCUUACCUUCUAAAUUCUUUUUUUUCUUUUUUUUUUUGUUUGAGAGAUAGGUAGCUUAUCUUCUAGAUUCAUUCGCCUAGCAUUGUAUAUAUAUAAAACGCACAGUAAUGGGUGAGAUAAAUUAAGUAGGAAAGAGGGAGAGAGAUAGAGGAGAGAGAUAGAGGAGAGAGGAUCAUGGCGUACCCGGAGAAGAAGAAGGGAUCGGAAUGGGAGGUGGAUCCGCGCAGUGGGUUCUGCGCGGCGAACGCGACCUUCUAUAGCAAGCGACGGCCCGUGGCGCUCCCCGCGGAGCCCGACCUCGACGUGACCACGUUCCUCACGUCGCGGCGCCACUCGGGGACCACCGCGCUCAUCGACGCCGCCACGGGGCGCCGCGUCUCCUUCCCGGAGCUCUGGCGCUCCGUCGCCGCCGUGGCCUCGUCCCUCCGCGCCCCGCCCCUCUCCCUCCGCAAGGGCCUCGUCGUCCUCCUCCUCUCCCCCAACUCCAUCCACUUCCCCGUCGUCGCCCUCGCCGCCAUGUCCCUCGGCGCCGUGAUCACCACCACCAACCCCGUCAACACCCCCGCCGAGAUCGCCAGGCAGGUCGCCGACGCCGCCCCCGCCGUCGCCUUCGCCCCACGCGCCCUCGUCCCCAAGCUCCCCGCGCGCCCCGACCUCCCCAUCGUCCUCCUCGACGACUCCCGCCUCGCCGCCGCCGCCGACGACGACGACGACGAUCCCCGGAUCCUCUGCACCAUCGCCGACAUGCUCGCCGCCGAUCCCGACCCCAUUCCCCACCCGAUGAUGGAGCCCGUGCGCCAGGACGACCCCGCGACGCUGCUCUACUCCUCGGGGACGACGGGGGCGAGCAAGGGGGUGGUCGCCACCCACCGCAACCUCAUCUCCAUGGUCCAGAUCAUCGUCAGCCGGUUCAACCCCGACGAAUCCGACGAACCGGAGACCUUCCUCUGCACGAUCCCGAUGUUCCACGUCUACGGCCUCGUCGCGUUCUCCACGGGGCUUCUGGGGGCGGGAUCCACCAUCGUCGUGCUCCCCAAGUUCGAGAUGGGGGAGAUGCUGCGCGCGAUCGAGGCCUACGGGGUGACGUACCUCCCGCUGGUGCCGCCGAUCCUGGUGGCGAUGCUGGGGGUCGGGAGCGGGAAGCUGCGGCUGGGGCGGGUGCGGAGGAUACACUCGUCGGGUGCGCCGCUGAGCAGGGAGGUGAUCGAGGGGUUCAGGGACAAGUACCCCGGGAUCGAGAUUCUGCAGGCGUACGGCCUCACGGAGACCACGGCGCUCGGCGCCUCCACCGACUCGCCCGAGGAAUGCCGGAGGUACGGCUCGGCGGGGCUGCUGGCGCCCAACACCGAGGCGCGGGUCGUCGAUCCCGACACCGGCAAGCCCCUCCCCGUCAACCGCACCGGCGAGCUCUGGAUCCGCGGGCCCUACGUCAUGAAAGGGUAUUUCAAGAACGAGGAGGCCACGCGCUCGACUUUGGACUCGGAGGGGUGGCUAAGAACAGGAGAUCUCUGCUACAUAGACGAGGACGGGUACCUCUUCGUGGUGGAUCGGCUCAAGGAGCUGAUCAAGUACAAAGGCUAUCAGGUGCCUCCUGCGGAGUUGGAGGCAUUGUUGCUAACUCACCCUGACAUUGUCGACGCCGCUGUUAUACCGUUCCCAGAUAAGGCGGCGGGGCAGGUUCCGAUGGCGUAUGUGGUGCGGAAGGACGGGAGCCAAUUGUCCGAGAAUGAGGUGAUGAAGUUUGUGGAGAAGCAGGUGGCGCCCUACAAGAAGAUUCGAAAAGUGGCCUUUGUAUCGAACAUUCCGAAGAGCGCAUCGGGGAAGAUUCUGAGAAAGGAUCUCAUCAAGCUGGCCACUGCCUCCAAACUCUAAUCUGGUACUCUAAUACCCUUUUGUGGGCUAUUUCUACUUGAAUAAUUUGCUGCUACGUACAAGGAAAAGGUACUGUACCUGGUAGCUCUUUGUAUGCUAGUUCAAAAGGCCAUGUGUGGAUCCGUUUUGUGAAGCGGGGGGCCAAUAAACUCUCUCCUGAUAGUCUCUGCUCAAGCUUGACCGAAAAUGAGAUACUGCGAGCAAGAGUAAGCAAAGAUGUCUUUGAUU